CUCCAUUCAGUCUUUGGCGAGAUUUUAUCGCGUGCGGACGUGUCUGCGGAUUGCCAAGUAUUCCACAAAGUAUAUAUUCAAAAAAAGUCGAGUAUUCACAUACGUAUUCAUUACUCGGUCUGACUUUGGCGCCAUCUAAGCGAUGCAGCCGCAAGCCUAAUCUAAACAUUUCAUGCAGAAUAAUCCAAGUGCCAAAACCAUAAAACAGUUUUUAUGCUCAGCAAAAAAAAGAAAAACAAAAAUGUGUGCAUCGAGAACAGUAACCGCAACAGCAACUGCAAUGGCAAUAGUUAAAUCACCAAACUGGAGCUGGCUCUGUUUAUGCUGCUUCGUUUGUCUCGCUGCACUUGCUCAAGGCAGCAACAGUGGUGGAAGCAGUGGAAGUGGCAGCAACAGUGGCAGCUUCUCAGCCAAGUCACUGGCAAUGGCAACGUCAGCGACUCUCAAGGAUGCCACGCACAUGUACAAAAUCAAAAGACAGGACAAAUACCAGCAGCAACAGCAGCUGCGGGCCGAUGUGCUUGCAACUCCUUUGGCAGGCGCAACAAAGCAACAGCAUCAGCAGCAACAACAACAGCAGCCACUGACAAGAGGUGCACAUGGGCUGAACAAGAAGAUGUUGAACAAAAUGGGCUUCAUGAAGGUGAAGGCGCCCAACAGCCAUAACCGGAAACGCCUGGCGGUUGAGUCACGACGUCACGCAUCGCGGGAUGAUUCACACAUGUUCAUCAUCAAGCUGCCGCCCAAUCUGCACUACUACACAAGUCCCAACGGUGUGAAGAAUGCGCUCGAUGUCGCACACAAACCACAAAAGCAACAGCAACAGCAGCAACAACAACAAGAACAGCAACAAUCAAAGCAAUCACAACAGCAGCAGCAUCCACAUCAAAUGAGCAACAGCAUCCAUGACAACAACGCACUGCCGAUGGAGGCAACUAAGGCAACGGAGGCAACAGAGGCGUCGGCGUUGAAAGCUAACGGGAAAAAGGUAUUGUUUCCCUUCAGCUCGAAUGGACGUCCUGGCCGUAUCUACCACUGGAAUCUACCCGUCUUGAAGCAGGCGCUGCACAAGAAGCCGCACUUUGCCCAUGUCUCGGCCGAUGAUCGCAAUCGUCUGCUGGACAUUGAGAAUAUACCCACGUGGCGCAAACCCUGGGAGAAUGAGACGGUCGAAAAGUCUUUCAGUGCCGGCAGUGGCAAGUCUAAAUAUAGGAAAUCGCUGAAACAAAAGUCGCCCACAUACUAUGCGCCCUCCCAGGCGGUGAACAAGCAAAGUUUCCACAAAUACUUUGCCGGCAAUGGCAAACCGAAGGGCUUCUAUGUCAUCAAGGAGCAUCAGACAAAGCCGCAGUUCUAUCAGAAUAUCAUAUCAUAAGUUUCAACUUCACUUCAUUUCGUAUGCAAUGUGCAUCUAUAAGACUGUGGUGUGGGACUUUCUUUUGAUGAAUUGUUUGUACCACUCGAAUACUAACUAUAUCAACUCAUUAACUAAACUGCGAGUAGAAGCGUAGCUAAAACUUCCAGUCUGAAUGGGGACUGCUUCCAUUUAAUGUACUUCCGUCCAAAAUUCUGCAUCAAAUCAAAUGAGUGGAGCGAAAUACUAUAUAUGUUAGAAGUAUAUAUUUUUAUACAAAUACGAAAUGCACAAUAUCAAAGCAAUUGGCAAUGGGGCGACCCACGUUGGGCGCCACAAACGCCACUGCGACGACUAUCAAUCAACAGGAAAUUAUGUAUACAUCUACGCGUAUAUUUAAGCACAUGUACGAAUUUGUAAUUAUCAAUAAAUAUGAUGACUGAUUUAAA